AUGUCAACCCCAAAGUCGAACAAACCUGAAGGCCUUAUGGGGCUGAGUUUAGCCGAGGCCAGAAUGAUUCUUCUGGGCGUGCUGAGCAGCGAUGACGCUGGUAAAGUUGACUUUGAUAAGAUGGCCCUUCUGGGAGGCUACAAGAACGCGCCAUCCGCCAGCACCCUCUACCGCAAUGCCAAGCGCAAGCUCCUCUCCGAAAACGCCGGCAACCAAGACGGUACAACCUCUACUCCUUCCAAGGGCCCCGCUGCCACCCCCAAGAAAACCCCCGCGAAGCGCAAGAAGGGCAAAGCCGAUGAAGAGGAUGGCGAAGUCGCUACCGGGGCUAGUCCCGCUCCCCCCAAGCCAAAGCGACAGAAGGCGACUGGAACCCCCAAGACCCCACGCGCCGGCAACAAGGCUGUAAAGACCGAAGAUGAAAACAGCACCCUCGAACCAUCCACUCCAAUCCAGAUGAGAGCCGCCGUGCAGAAAGAAGCGAAAAGCGAAGUGAAGGCCGUGAAGAAGGAAGACUCUUCGGACACCGACGCCUACUACGAUGAUCUCAUCAAGAAGGAAGACGACCGCUCCGAUACGGAAGAGCUCAUGGAUGCCAGCCAGCUCAGUCGUGAAUUCACUGCCAUGGAAGAAGGCCAGGCUGACUCCAAGGCUGACUCCAAGAGUGUUUCCAAGGACGGUUCCAAGGAUGGCCCCAAGAAUGACUCCAAUGAGUGA